CGAUUCCGCCUCUUUUGAAUUUGUUAAAAAAAAAAAAAAAAAGUACAUGACACUUUUUUAAAGAAUAAAAAAAAAGAAGCUACAUGGGACAUCGACAGUGUGUUUUUUCGAAAAUGGUGUGGCGUCAUGGGUGACGAUGACAUGAAUGUUUUAAGAACUGGACCGGACCGAUCGGUUCAACCGGUUGAACUGUCAACCGGUGGACAAAACGGGCUGGGUGGACACCCAGGCCCGUUUAGACGGUUGGAUCGUCCAAACCCGGAAGAACCGUUCGACCCGUCCAACCCGAUAGACCCGGUGAACCGGCCGGGCGAAUUCUUCCACGCCAUAUCGACAAAGAAGAAACCACAGGGUAGCACCGUAGCAGAUCGGGCAACAGAUCGCUUCUCCUUCGCAUCUCCAGAUCCAACAGCAGAUCAGCUUCUCCAUCGUAUCUCCAGAUCGGGAAGCAGAGGGCAGCAGAUCAAAUCAGCCUUCAUCGAAAGACUUGUCUAAAACCACCCAUUAAAUUAGAGGUUGAUAAAAAGGAGCCAUGAAAGAUCAUAAUUGGGUUUCUGUUUUUUUUUUUUUAAAUCGCUUGAUGAUGGUUUGUGUUCUGAUGAAGUGAUGAUCAAUUGCAAUGGAAUUGAUUGUAC